AGUUCAUUAACUGCCUGUGUAAUACGCAGGCCAACACACAGAAGAUCUCCAACGCGCCACGCAAGCUCGAGUUGUUCGAUGGUGAUGCCUCGCAUUACCACUAGAAGAAGUCUUACUCACGCUCACCCUCCCGCCUUCAUUUAGUUCUGAUUUUCAUGAUAUCGCUCUUCAUCUUCUUGUCGCACGACACCAGAAAUUUUGCUAAUGUCCUCGAUUGUGUACGAUGCUAUUCUGUUUCUGUAUGUACAUGCUAAAAAGUGUAAGUAAUGAUUAGAAGUUGUGCCAGCACGUAGAAAAACUGGCAAGUAGUUGUUGUAACGAUGACUAGAUGUUGUCGUACACACUGUCACAGUGAAAUUAAUCGUCGAUUUCGAUUCGUCGAUGAAUGAGCAGUAGACAUCACGACGCUAGUUUCGCAGAAUUCAUCGAUUUCGCCUUCGCUCGUAUUUGUCAGAAUAAAAGCAAACAGACCACGACGAGCAAUCUUCGACUACUAGGCUGCGCUGUCGCCGGACAAUGCCAAUGGUCAGAAGUCUGUUUACCGGUUCUAGAGACUCGAUAUCGACCAUUGAGGUCGUGUCCUGUUCUGCUUCUCGAUGCGAGCAGCUCGCGCCGUGGGUGGACACUAAGAAGUGUAACCUCGAAGAACAACCCAGCUGCGAAUAAAACAAGGCUACGUUCUUGCUGUCAACGUCAGCCUCAGCGACAGACGAUCCUAGAAGAAAGGAACUGCGUGUGAGCUGAUAACUUUUGGGUUGAGGCGACGAUUUGUCGUGUGGAAGACUUGUGGUCAUCUUCAGGGUGAGUCACCUCCGAAAGACAGACCACGUGAGCACCAAGAAUCUGGCAUCUACGUAGGGGAAAUGAAGUUUUCCUCGUACUUCGUGCUGUCCGCAGGGGCGGCAAUGCUAAACUGCCUGCAUGCCUGGAGUGUACACGAGCAGUUCUACCCUGCGGUGAUCCACCUGGCCAGCGACAAAGUACAAGCUGUUUUCCGACGAAAAAUGCUGUGUGACUGCGGCAAGAAUAGAAAAGCAUCUCAAGAGCAUUUUUACUAGGUGUGUCUCUACAUCUGGUUGUGGAAAGGGUUCGUUGCAAAAGUAACCCUCUACGUCAAAUUACAAAAGGAAUGAAAAUUAUGAACCAAAAACAGGUGAGCCUUGCCGUCCUGUACAACUUCCUUUUCUCGCUGUUCGUCAUGCUGGGAUGGCUAACGCUCAAGUUCUUCAUCGGUAAGCCUAGUUGUUCUACUGAGUGCGACGUUUGGUGCAUCUUCCUGAACGUGAAUCAUACCUGAUCUUCAGGAUCGAUCAUGUUUUUCUUCACCUAUGAUGAAAAUACUAUAUCGGCUUUCGCUUUAUUCUUUUUCUUGCAACUACAAAAAUGAAUUGCUUCAUAAUCUUUCAGGGCGACUUCGCGACCUGGAGAUCGAGCAGCUGAUUGACAGUGGCCGGGGGUUUCUCGCGGACACAAUCCUUUUUCUGGUGUUCUACUCCCCGACGAUCGACCAAAAAGAGGUGGCCACGCUGAGCCUGAUGCAGUUCAUCGUCGGGGUGAUUUUUUUGAAGAUGUUUCACCUGAUCGCGCAGAUCCGGGUGACCCACAUGUUCGAGAUCGGGGCCCCGAAGAAAUCCGUGAAGAUAAAACUCGCGGUGCUCAUGCUGCUGCUCAUUCUGGUCGACAUCGCGACGCUGCAAAGGUUCUACGCCGCGAGCGGACGGCACUCGACCUUUUACACCUGGAUUCUGUUCGAUAUGGGGUUCUCAAACGUUACAUUCUCAACUGUUACAUGGAUCUGUCAUGCAAAAACACCAUCAUCAUCCUCACGAUAAGGCUGCUCCGCAUGACAAAUUUGCGAAGGGCUAAGCCGCGCCUAAAUCUGCGUGAAACUUGUAAUGCAAGAGGCGCAAUCUUUCUCCUUUCACUUUUGCCAGUCUUGCAUUACAAAUUCAUGUAACGGUUGAGAAUGUAACAUUUGAGAACUCCAUAUUCGAGUCCUUCUCCAUGGCCGCAAUGAUCGUCGUCACUAUGCUCAAGUACAGUGAAUUUCACAUAGUUUUUGUAGUUCUGGUUUGCCUUUGACGUUGGUCCUUGUCCUCUUACUAAUUUGUUCGUUACAUUAACGUCACAAGCUGCCAGUGCCAGCACGGCAGGUGCUGCAAGAUAGAUACAGAUGCAAAGGAAGUGUUGGUUCUGAUUGUCCUCCAAGUAGAUGAAAUAGAAGAAUGGACACGACUACCACAGGUAUGUGCUCCACCUCAUUGACACUUCACUGGAGCACGGGUGGCCGGGCAAAGCCGCCUACAUCUUCUACCUCGAGCUGCUCGGCGAUGUGGUGUCCAUGACGAUCUUUUUGUGCUUCAUGAGCGUCUUCUUCAUCCAGAAUCCGAGCAGGCUGCCGAUCUACAUGAUGGCGGAUAUCAUCCAGGUGGCGCGCCAGCUCACGACCAGGCUGAGGAACUUCCGAAAGUACUACAGUUUCAGUUACCGUUCGAUGUCCACAACUACCUAUUCCGUGCAUAGAAAUAUGAUGGGAUGUGGGUUUUGGUUCUGCUUCUGCUUUUGGUAUGACUAUUAUAAAUACAGACUCACAAUGCUGGUACUUAUAUGAACUGUGCACCGUUUAAUUUGCGCGGAAAAAGUAAGAAGUUCUAGGUCUAGCUGAGUGAGCGAGAACGUGAAUGCGCACCACUAAGUUUUUACGCCGUCAAUCUUACAAUCAGGUAUCGUUGCAUUAUGGCGGAUUUCGAAUCGAAGUUUCGCAUGGCGGACGAGGAAGAGCUGAAGGCUGCGGAAACUUGUAUCAUUUGUCGCGACGACUUAAACGAAGGGAGCGUCAUUCUGCCGUGCAACCACAUCUUUCACGUGGAUUGCCUCAAAUCAUGGCUGGUAUAAUGUUUUGUCUGACGUUGAGCACAGUUGAAUGUCUGAUUGAUGCAUGGUUGUGGGAAGGCAAAAUGAGAUACAACGAAUGUCGAGCUUGGCAAUAGUUUUCGCAAUGAUCAACAUCAACUCACCGCAGGUGAUGCAACAAGUUUGCCCAACUUGUCGGGCCGAGAUUCCGAUAGAGCGCGAAAAGCUGAACGAGGCUUACCGCGAGAGCGACAAAAAAGCUGGGCGCACGCCGAAGCAGGAGGCAAAUCCAUCCCGACUGGUGCAGGAUGCGGUAAGUUGAAUUCAGUAAAAAUAAACGCAAUCUCCUUGCACUUGCAGCCACACAACGCUGCAUCGUAUGUACUUAUCUUGUUUCGGACACGACUACAAGUCUCCUCCUGUUCCUGAUCGAUAGUGAAGACGAAAAUUAUUACUUUCAUACAAUCCCUACACGUACACCAGGGCGAUCACGGUGCGGGUACCAGUCAGGAGGAUCGCGACGAGGCCGCGGAAGACGGUGGGGGAGACCACGACAAAAAGCAGAAGUCCUCUAAAUCCACCGGCUGGCUGGACACUUUUAUUGGCAAAACCAAAAAGAAAGAUCAGCCUGUGGAGGACGCGCCCGCGAGCCUGCGAAAAAUCGAGCACGGGAGCAAAAACACAACCGACCCUGCCUAUGAACAAACGUACCAAACCUCCGCGAUCCGGUCCCGGCACUUCCGCGAACCCACGUCCGAAGCCGCCAGAAAACAGGCGGAACUGAUGCGGAAGCAGAACGCCGCGUUCCCACACAACAGUGCUGGGUCGUCUUCCAGUAGCAGCUCCUCCUCGCGGGGUCCUCGUGGUCGGCCACCGCCCGGGAAAGAGAUCGACACAUCGACGACGUCUCCCGCAACCGCUUUAUUUCAAACGGAGCAAGCCGCCCCUGCCUGGGCCACCUUGCGAGACCAGAUGGCAGCCGACGACAGCACGGGCAGUCCGCAGUACGGCGGGCCACUUUCGCCCUCAACUAGUGCUGCGCUUUUUGGGGGCGACCCAAAUUUUUAUCCACCUCCUGGAUCGUCUUCCUCUUCGCAGCCGGAACAACAGUUUCUUUCACCGGUAAAAAGCCCGCAUGGCAUGCUGCCAGACGCCGCAGGUGGCCCGCCUCCACCGCCUGCUCUUGGUUCGCUUUACAACUAUCCCCCCGGAACAGGUGGACCUGUCGCGACGUCACUGCCUUUCCCCACGCAUUCCGCGUUUGCGCCUCCCCCAGCAGGCGCCGAGCACCUGCUCCCCCCGGGCUACAAUAUCUACAACCAGAGGCCAACGCCCGCGACCGGUUCGUCGGCACUUCCGUCCCCAGGAGGGCUCUACCCCCCGCAAGCGGGAAUACUGCCGUCGCCGCUUGGCACACCUGGAACCGGCGUCGGCUCGCUGCUUCCACCAGGUAGUACGCCGUUUGGCAGCUCCCGUCCGUCCGGCCCAUUCGCGCCGGCAUUUGCGCGGUCACCCUCCGACAUGAGUGGAGUGAGCGCCACAAGCCAGCCGCCGUUUUUGUCGCCGAACCCGGAGUUUCACGCGAUGGUGGAACAGACGAACAGCACCAUCCGGCAACUCUCGCAGAUGCAGGCCUUCUGGUUGCAGCAAAUGCAGGCACAGCAGCUGCUGAUGAUGCAGAGUAAUCCGGGGAGCGCCGUCGGGACACCAGUCGUUCCAACAGGACUUGCGCCGUCGCCCGGAACGACAACACUGUUCCCCGGUGGAGCGGCACCCGGAGCAGGUGGAGUUCCAACAAUGGCCGGCGUUUCGCCUGCUCCGCCCGCGGGAUUGCCAACGCCAGGAAUGCACCCUGGCGACCAGCAAGUUGCGGCUGCAGGAGACCCGCUCCUAACAACUGCCGGCACUUCUGCCACAGCCAGCGUGUUACCACCUGCAGGAGCUUCUGGGUCAUCUUCAUUGGGCUUUCCUUCACCAUUGUGGCCCAUGGCGCUUCCCCCGAUGUUCUCUCCGCAGUACAACAGCGCCGGAGGACAGCAGCUAGCUCCUACUACUGGCAUGUCUCCAGCGCCGCCGGCGACAACGACUUCAGCACCCUCACCGCCGCAAAUGGCAAACACAACAAUCGCGGCGUCUCCGCCCCCGCCAGUUGAAGCCGUGUCGUCCUCUGCAACUGCUGUAGACAGGAGCUCCGCAGAGCGACCCCGCAGUGCCACCUCCCCCGCAGGUCCGGCUGCAACUGUCUUGGAGUCGCCUUUUGCAACAGCUGGCGCGGCGCCUUCUGGUAUGACCGGGAACGGUCAACCGCCUACACCGGCGGUGGAUACGCCUGCAGCGGCCAACGGAGUGGCACCGGCAGUUGCAAAUGGCGGCCAUACAGCACAGCCAACUGGGAAUGGGACCACGCCAACGCCUAGCCCAAACGGACACGCACACACGGGGGCGUCUUCAGGUAUUCCGGUUUCGACUUGAGUGGUUGGCUCGAAAUAAAUAGAUUUUUCAUUUCAAUCCAUGGCAUCCAUUGAUUUUAAUUGAGGCUGCAUUUUUCUGCACGAGCAUUGAAUGCUCACGCAGAUCCGGCCGCUCUUUUUGUUUUUGUUCCUAUACUAUAGUGAUAGUCCAGUACUACGAGUGAGUGCGAGUGGAUGAUUUACUGGGAGUGGGACUACGUUGAAGAUAAAGCCGUUAUUAUUUGAAACACAAAUCAGACACCCGACCGGUGCCGGACGCCAAUCGCCCUUCGGUCGAGCAAGCGGCAGUGGCGCCGGUAGCGCCCAGCCCCAGCGGGACAGCCACAGAGAGUCCGCCGCCGUUGCGAGGCAAUACCGAUAGCGUUUCCUCCUUGUCUGAGCUGCGGAAACUCCAGGAACAGAAGUACAGAGAGCACAAAGCAGGCUCCCCGACGUCCGCAGAAAAGCGACCGAGUGCCACCAAUGCUGCACCCAAGUCCCCGAAAAGCAGUCCUGGUGCAAAGUAACCGCGCCCCCCUCAUCCAACGAAUUGCAGGGGCCAGGUACUAGCAGCCCACCUCUUCCCGGAUAUCACAACUCUAUUUCGUUGGUGAUAGGUGAUUACCAUUACGGUCAUAGAACCAAUUCAUAGUGUGUAUGUUGGUUCGUAUGAUCACGAUCACCACGGCCAUAUAAUUUAUGAUAUCGGAUGAAAUUGAUAUUGAAGAGUGUAGUGAAGCAGCAGCUCGCGGUGGAGCUGCUCCUCAUGUCGAGCACGCCCAGGCGGGCGCAGUUCCUCAUUUAUUUUUUGUUCCGUACAAGUAUUUGCUCUGCAGACAUACGCUGGCGAAGUACAGCGAAAAGUCUAGUUUUUACCCUGAGUAGUUUAUACAAAGAAACCUUCUGUCAAACGAAAGAACUUUUUAAGUAAGCGAAAUACCACGACAUGCGACAACGAGACGGAGACAGAGCAAUAGUACUUUUUGCUCUACACCUACUUUAAAAUAAGAAGGCGUGUGACGAAAGCUGCAGCAUCUUCGUACUCAUGUUCCAUUUUCAGGAAACCAGGAAACACCCUCCACCGUUCUAUCGACAUACGAUCAGGCACUUUCGUUGGUUUUGCGUCCGUUUCCGUUCAUAUCGUUUCAAAUUUGUAUUUGCAGUAUGUGGACUGUCCUGACAUCAUUAUGAACAUGAAGC